AUGGCACCAGGGAUUGCGGAUAUGGCGGCCGGGCUUUUGCUGGGCAGCUGGGGUCAAGGGCCAGAUUUUGGCUUGUUGAGCCUCAUUUCGUUGUGCCUCGGCUAUUGCCUGAUAGGCUCUGCACCACCAACAGCCUCUUCGGGCCACGGCCAACGGCCGAGCACGGUCUCUCCACCUCGAGGACGCCUUGUUCCCCUUUGGGGACACACCGGCGGGUAG